AUGAGGAUGCUCGAAGAACUCACCAAGAGGAUCGAGUCUGGGGAAAAGAAGAUUGAGGACAAUGAAAAAAAGGUGGAGACUUAUAACUCCUGUGUUGAUCAAAUAUCGGGGGCACCCCCAGUCUUGAAAGGUUUGGAUGCCAAAAAGUUCAUACAAAAGUCGUUCCCUCUGAGUGCGGCUUUGAUGCCCAUCCCCGAAAAGUUUCGUAUGUACGAUAUACCAAAAUACAAUGGAACAAGCGAUCCUAACGAGCAUAUUACUUCAUACACUUGCAGGAUCAAAGAGAAUGACUUAAAUGACGGCGAGAUCGAAUCAGUAUUGUUGAAAUUAUUUGGGGAAACAUUGUCGGACGGAGCCAUGAUUUGGUACCACAACUUGCCCCCGAACUCUAUCGAUUUGUUUGCUAUAUUAACAGACGCCUUCAUGAAAGCACAUGUCGGGGCUAUAAAGGUGACAAUGAGGAAAUCAGAAGUUUUUAAGAUAAAACAGAUGAACGACGAGAUGUUAAGGGAGUUCGUGUCCAGAUUGGAAGCUAAGCCCUCGAGGGAUACAAACAUGGAAUCAAGAUCGAACAAGGAACAAUAUCAGCCAUAUGUUGAUCGAAGAAACAACGGUUUGGGUCGUAACGCCGCUCAGAACGAUCAGAGAAAUGAUCGAGGUCAAAGCUCUCGGGGACUCAUGAGCAGGAAUGGGUUAGAUAAGCAUACUGACCCCGCAGAGGCACCUCGAUUGUCAGAGUAUAAUUUCAGCGUAGAUGCAUCAGAGAUUGUGUUAGCUAUUGGAAGAAUAAAAGACACCAGGUGGCCUAAGCCUAUACAAUCUAAUCCUUCUCAAAGAAAUCCAAACUUGAUGUGUAAGUAUCAUGACACACAUGGCCAUAGAACCGAGGAAUUCAGGCAGCUAAGGGAGAAGGUGACUGAUGGAAGAUAUCAAGACACUUUUCUACACGAAGGCCUUAGGUUUUAA